GUACAUCGCGGAGUGGGCACGAACGACCCAUGAUAUACCCGUCGCCAUCUUGAACGACGCGCUCGUCCGAAAUCUCUCGUUUGGCGACGACUUCGCGGGUUCCCUGCCGCUGAAUCUCUUUAAGCAGUCCAUACUAUGCUGGCCGCUGUACAG